AUGAAUGAUGCAACAAAAUCAGGUGUGGACUGGGCAUCAACCACUAUUGGAUUGACCCCUAAGGCAACAAACAAUGAGAAACUUAAAGUUAAGCUUGAGGAGCAAAAGAGGGUUGUGGCCAUAAAAGAAAAGAAGAAGGUUGAUUUGGAGGUAUUGGAGACUAAAUCACAAGCUAUUCAUUGCUCCGCUACUUGCAAGGUAAGCUCACUUACUUUUCUUGUUAGCUUUGUCUAUGCUUUCCAUACUAUUGUUAGUAGAAGACCGUUAUGGAAUAAUAUCAUGGAAUACGAAUCCGAUUGCUCUUUCCCUUGGUUAAUCAUGGGUGAUUUCAACAAUGUACUUAACUUUGAUGAAAAAUGUAAUGGGGCGGAUGUUACAUCAUACGAGGUUAAGGACUUUGAAAAUUGUUGCCUAAAUGUUGGAAUUACGGAUAUGAGAUCUAUUGGAUGUUUCUACACUUGGAGAAACGGCACGAAGUGGAGUAAACUUGAUAGAGCCAUGGUGAAUGAUGUUUGGAUACAAGCUGAUUUUAAUUCUAUUGCUGAUUUUCUCCCUUCGGGAUGUAUUUUCGACCACUCACCAUGCAUUGUAUCAUUAUUUGAGCAUGAGGAAAACAAGAGGAAACCUUUUAGGUUCUUCAAUAUGUCGUCUAACCAUGAAAAUUUCCAUGAUGUAGUUCAAAAUUAUUGGGAGAAAGAGAUUAGAGGUACAAAGCAAUUCAUUCUUUGUAAAAAGUUGCAUAGUCUUAAAGGAGAGCUAAGGAAAUUCAAUGAGAAACAUUUUUCACACAUCUCCUCAAGGGCUAAAACAGCUACUUCGGUGUUGAAAACGGUACAAUUGGAGUUGCAAGGAGACCCUCUUAGUAUUGAACUUCAAGGUAAGGUGGCAUCAACGAGGAAAAUAGCCAUGGAUCUUUGUGAGGCGAAAAUGAACUUUUAUUAUCAAAGGGCCAAACGUGAGUACUUAAAGAAUAAUGAUAAGUGCACAAAGUUUUUCCAUUCGAUGGUCAAAAGGAACACAAAACGUAACUUCAUUGCUACCGUGAGUAAAGGAGAUGGAACGUAUACUUCAUCAUUACAAGAAGUGGCCAAUGAAUUCCUUCAUUUUUACAGUGAUUUACUGGAAAAAUCAGUCCAGGGAAAGCUAUUGAUGUUGACAUCUUGA